UCAUGAACAGCAGAACGAAUCAGCUCCAAAACGGAUCUCUCUGGAAACGCCAGAGAUGCACCACGUGGUUUCCCUGGGCCCCUGCUGCUCCACCCAGCAGUCUGGUGGCUGAACACAGCAUGGGUGAAAAUCACCCUAUGCUAUAUCGUACGAACAUCAUCAUGACAGACAAAUAAAUGCUUGCUGUGCUUUUGUGAUAUGAAACAGAUUAUCACGUAUAUUGUGAUGUCAUUGCAGAUUUCACUCGCGACUGCAUGGUUUCCUGAAAGUCCUAAUGAUAUCUACCACACGUGCGGAGGCGUCCUCCUCAACAGUGAUUGGGUGCUGACUGCUGCCCACUGCAUCGUGUGGUUUGACCUUGCAUUCAUUGAGCUCAAUGAAUCUGCGCCGAUCACCAACAAGAUCCAACCUGCGACCCUGCCCUACCCAGGACACAUCUUGUCCAACAACCCCGAGUGUUAUGCGACCGGCUGGGGAAGUCUGUCAAGUCACAUUGAUUGCAUUUCAUCAGCCGAUGGCCCAUCGCCCUCCACUCUUCAACAAGCGAAGCUUCCCUUUGUCAGCUACGCCAAAUGCAGCAGCAGCGAGUAUUGGGGGACCACAGUGAAGCCAAGCAUGAUCUGUGCAGGGGACAGCCUUCACUCUACUUGCUACGGAGACUCGGGGGGCCCCCUGAACUGUAAGACGGACAGAGGGUGGGAGGUGCACGGCAUCACGAGCUUCGGGUUUCCUACCAGCUGCAACUUUGACACAAAGCCGAACGUCUUCACGCGCGUGUCCGGCUACAGUGCCUGGAUCACCUCCAUCACGGGGAUGCAGUUCCCCACGACGGUGCGUAACUCAUAACGAGACUGCGCGUCUCCGUACGAGUCUGUGCAUCUCUUUUGUCUCACUCACCUGCUCACUCACGCAUAAAGAAAAUCACUCACACAACUGAUUAUCACUCAACCGCUGAUUCAUACGAAGAGUGACUCACUCACUCAACUCAAGCCCCCACUCUCCAUCUCCCGCCCUCUCAACUCCUUUAGACGCGCAUGCACAGUUGGGCAAACAAACACUGAGACAUACGGUAGACACGCAGGCAUGGAGAUACAUGCAGAGAGAUCCACAAACAAGGAGAAGAACAGAGAAACAGGCACAGGAGGCUCGGAGAGACACACAAAGACACGGAGACACAUGGAGACAUAUACAGAGAUAAAGACACACACCGACGUAGAUAGAGUCACACAAACAUGAAUACAGACAAAGAGACGUGGAGAUACACAAAGCUAUACCCAGAUAAGUGGAAGCACAGACAGACACACGCAGAGGCACACACAGUAACAGAGACUCACACAGGCACGAAAUGCCUGUAAGCAGUCGGGGAUAUUCUCGUCACGAAUUUUUGCAGCGCCACUUGAUUUCCUUUAUUUUUGUGAGGUCAGUAGAAGAAGAGUAUCUCGAAUUCUCAGCUACAAUGCAUCUCCACGCACUCAUCCGGGCCCAAAGUGAGUGAGCUCGAACGUGAGUGCCAUGGAAUGAAAAAAAAAUUGGGAAGCAGUGCUCUAAUACUUAGUUAAUACAUGGCUUAACUCAAAGAGGAUAUGUGGCCCAUUCUAUGGAGGAGACCUGGCCCAGCCCAAGCAGAUGACGUGGCCCAGUCAAUGGAAGAGCCGUGGCCAGCCCAUGGAGGAGACAUGCCCUAGCCAAUGGAGGUUCGAAGAAAAUAGCAAAUUCCUCAAGUUUUGACGUACGAUUUGAGCACUAAGCUCAAUGUAUAAUUGUCCACAGCGCUCAUAGAGAGAGAGAGAGUG